AGAAAAUUGACAGAAGUUUAUUCAACAAAAAACAGUAAUAAAGGGAACACAAUGGAAGAAACAAAAAAAAGUGCUACUGAGAAAGCAAAAGAACGAAUUGAACGUUUGCAUAAAUUACACUUGCAAAGAACUACAGCACGAAAACUAAACCACGCUGAAGUAGUUGCAGAAGAUGCACGCAACAAACUACCCACAAAUUUUGAAGCACGUCAACGACAAGCAGAUUGGCUAGCAGCAAAUGAAAAAGGAAGAUCUGAAGCAGCAGCAAAAGGUUUAAAUUAUGACCGUAUAAAGUUACUUAAUGUAUCAGCGGUGGAAGCAGCGAAUAAUGAGAAAAAAAAGCAGAAAAAAAAUCCAGAUCCAGGCUUUACUAGUUACGAACAAGCAACUGCACGACAAUACAACAGACUUGUGAAACAAAUGCCGACGAUGGAUAUGGAAAAAUAUCAAAAUAAACGCCGUGCAGUCGGCGACAAUAUCUUUUAUGGCGAUGCACACACAAUUUCACAAGGAACACAUAGGGACACUCCACAAGCAAUCGACAAUAUGGUGAAUGACUUGGAACAACAAAUGAUGAAAAGGAAGAGCUUCUCAAGACGUCGUAUGCACAACGAUGACGCCGAUAUUGAUUACAUAAAUGAAAAAAAUGCUCGCUUCAACAAAAAAUUAGAACGAUUUUAUGGAGAACAUACUGCAGAAAUCAAACAAAAUUUGGAACGCGGUACAGCCAUUUAAAUUCGCUCACAUUUAUCAGAUAACUUGGUCCACCAAUAAUAAAGAUGUUAAUAAUGCAAUGAAAAA